GUCAGUUAGGCCGGUGGACGAUGGGUGACGUUCUCUGCGAGGAGCUUGAGGAUUUGGUUCAUUUUUCGGUGAAUGACAUGCCGGUCCGCGGCUAUGUCGUCAUGGAGGAGAUCCGGCGACAGGGCAAGCUCUGUGACGUCACUCUCAAGGUGGGAGGUCACAUGUUCAGCGCUCAUCGAAUCGUUCUUGCUGCGUCAAUUCCUUAUUUUCACGCCAUGUUCACCAACGACAUGAUGGAAUGUAAACAAGACGAGAUCCUGAUGCAGGGGAUGGACCCCAGUGCUUUGGAGUCGCUCAUCAACUUUGCCUACAGCGGCCACGUCUCCAUAGACCAGCAGAAUGUUCAGAACCUCCUGGUCGGGUCCAGUUUCCUGCAGCUCCAAAACGUUAAAGACGCUUGCUGUUCUUUCCUACAGAACCGGUUGCACCCUAAAAACUGUCUCGGAGUUCGAAAGUUUGCUGAGACAAUGAUGUGCACGUCCCUUUACGACUCGGCAAACGUCUUCCUGCACCAAAACUUUGUGGAGGUGUCUUCGUCCGAUGAGUUCCUGGACCUGAGAGAGGAGGAAAUUCUGGAGCUGGUGGACUCUGAUGAGCUGAACGUGAAGGACGAAGAACAGGUCUUUGAGGCCGUUCUGGCCUGGGUCCACCACGACCAGGAGAAUCGAGUCUCUCUGUUGCCAGAGUUGAUGUCCAAAAUUCGCCUCCCGCUGUGUCGACCCCAGUUCCUGUCGGACCGAGUCCAACAAGAGGAUGUGAUUCGCUGCUGCCACAAGUGCAGGGAUCUGGUGGAUGAAGCCAAAGAUUUCCACUUGAUGUUGCGACGCCGGCAUCUUCCCGCCUUCAAGAUUCGGCCCAGAACGUGCUCGUCCAUCACCGGACUCAUCUACGCAGUAGGAGGACUCAACAGCUCUGGUGAUUCCUUAAACGUGGUGGAAGUGUUUGAUCCAGUCGGGAACUUUUGGGAGCGGUGUCAGCCGAUGCGAACGGCUCGCAGCAGAGUGGGCGUGGCCGUUGUGAACGGGCUGUUGUACGCCAUCGGUGGUUAUGAUGGCCAGUCACGGCAAAGUACUGUUGAAGUUUACAACCCGGAGACGGACAGUUGGACUCAAGUGUCCAGCAUGAACUGCCAGCGCAGUGCUAUGGGAACGGUGGUGAUCGACGGGUUGAUCUACGUAUGUGGAGGCUACGACGGGAAAUCAUCUCUCAACUCUGUCGAGUGCUACAAUCCAGAGAACGACAGGUGGACUGAGCUUACAGAAAUGAGCGCCACUCGGAGCGCCGCGGGUGUGGCUGUGUUUGAAGGUCGUGUGUAUGUGUCCGGCGGCCAUGACGGUUUACAGAUCUUCAACACGGUGGAGUACUACAAUCACCAUACUAACCGAUGGCAUCCAUCACCUUCCAUGACCAACAAGCGCUGUCGUCAUGGCGCCACAUCUCUGGGUGGUCACAUGUACGUGGUCGGGGGCUAUGAUGGCUCAGGCUUCCUCAGCAGCGCAGAGGUCUUCAGCUCAGCUUCUGGUCAGUGGAGCCACCUGGUGGCAAUGAACACACGGCGCAGCAGGGUUUCGCUUGUCGCGACUGGAGGGCGGCUGUAUGCCGUGGGUGGGUACGACGGACAGUCUAACCUAUCUUCACUGGAAAUGUUCAACCCCGACUCAGCCCGCUGGACCUUCAUGACGCCCAUGGUCUCCCAUGAGGGUGGUGUUGGUGUGGGUUGCAUCCCCCUCCAGCCCACUUAAACAACUCUCAGAGAACUUAGGUGCAUUCGUGACUGGCCAUGUGGAGGCCACUCCCCCUAGUGGGCUAAUGGGGUGCCACACCUGUGCAGCGCCUGGGAGAAUCCACUGUGGCUAACAGUUAGCGUUUUGCUGUUAGCAAGUGUGUGAAUUGAUUCUGAUUGAUGCUUGUUCGAUGACCUACGUCAUUAGCAGAGAGAAGAUCCGUCCAGCAGGAGGUGCUGCUUCACAUUU